AUGAACACACUGACCUUUAUUUUGAUGGUGGUGUUAGCAGUACUCACUGGCGUGUUUUUCAUGAGGAAUUCUGGCCCACAACCAACCAAGCAUCUGAAUGAUACCUAUGACUAUAUAAUAGUGGGCGCUGGAUCCGCGGGAGCUGUGUUGGCGACUCGACUGUCCGAGGACACCGGAAGUACCGUGCUCCUCCUUGAGGCUGGGGACACAGGCGAUAACAACUGGCUCAUCAACAUACCUUUGGUAUGUGCUCUCCUACAGAAGUCGAGUGUGGACUGGGACUACCUCACAGAACCGCAGCAGCAUGCAGCAUUUGCUAUGAAUGAUCAGAGAAGCUGCUGGCCCCGAGGAAAGGUGUUAGGAGGAACAAGUGCAAUUAAUAUGAUGGUGUAUGCACGAGGUAGUCGCCAUGAUUAUGACAGUUGGGCCAAGGAAGGCUGCGAGGGAUGGACUUACAAGGAAAUCCUUCCUUACUUUCUGAAAUCGGAGGAUGUACAAAUAGACGACCUCAAAAGCUCAGCAUUCCAUAGCACUGGUGGAGAGCUGGGUGUGUCACAGGUGUCGCAUACGUCCUUGCCCAAUAUAUUCUUACAAGCAGGCCAGGAGUUGGGCUUCAAAUCCCAGGAUUGCAAUGGCCCCGACCCAAUUGGAUUUUGUAGAAUGCAGGCCACUGUUAGAGAUGGCAAGAGAAGCAGUACGUACAAUGCCUUCCUGAGGCCCGCCAUGACGCGUACAAAUCUACACGUGGGUGUGAACAGCAUGGUUACCAAGGUCCUAAUAGACGACAGCCGGGCUAGGGGUGUGGAGGUACUAAGGGAUGGGCAGACAUUCACAAUCCACGCCAGGAACGAGGUGAUUUUAUCCGCUGGUGCCAUCAACUCGCCACAACUACUGAUGCUGUCAGGGGUCGGACCACGUGAUCAUUUGAAUGACAUGAAAAAUCGUGCCAUGGCAACCACUACCAUUGAAGGUUCAGCAUUUCUUUAUAAAGACAGUGACAUCAAGUCAAGUAACGGCAGUGCUCCCGACAUCCAAUUCCAUCUUCAGAGCGCUCAUGCUUUCACCGCAAAUGAAUUACAAUUUGCAAAUCUGAAUUUGAAGGAAGAGGCCCUGAACCUCGUGUUCUCGUCACCGCCAAUUCCUAGCACUUUUGUCCUACUGCCCAUUGUCUUACACCCUAAAAGUAAUGGUACCAUACGAUUAAAAAGCAAGGAUCCGCUCCAAUACCCAGCUAUAGACCCUCGGUAUCUGCAACACCAGGACGAUAUCGACACCUUCUUACAAGGUAUACGGUUUGCCGAAAGGAUCCUGGACACUAAGCCUAUGAAGAAGAUAGGAGCUUCUCUUGACCCUUCUACACCUAUGUACAAACUUUGUAAAGAGCAUGUGUUUAGAACAGAUGCUUUCUGGACAUGUUUUAUACGUCAGUUUGCUGCAACAGUUUAUCAUCCAACUGGAACGUGUAGGAUGGGCAGGACGGACGACCGGACGGCCGUCGUUGACCCCCAACUAAGAGUAAAAGGUAUCAAUGGUCUGCGUGUUGUAGACGCUUCCGUGAUGCGGAACAUGCCGUCAGGAAAUACAAACGCCCCUUCGAUCAUGAUUGCAGAGAAGGCAGCAGAUAUGAUACGCGGUAAAGAUACUGUUCAGAAAUGGAGAAAGCAAAUCAGAGGACAUUUAUGA